AUGAACAACGGUAAAUUGGAUCUAGUGGUAGAAGAUGAAGAAUAUAUUGCUGAGUCCGGUGAUCAAACACCCGAAAAAAAUGGAAACGGAAAUGGAAAUGGAAAAUGUGUUUUUGAUUUCGAAAAAGCUGAAAAAGCACUGCCCUCAACAACAAUUCAAAAUGAGCCACGUGUACCGGAUAUGCAGUUAGGAAGUUAGUUUUGAGAGCCUUGAAGUUUUGAAAUGUUUUUUUUGAAAAUUUAUAAGCUCAAACUUUCACCCAAAAAUCCCCAUAUUUUUUUGUGUUUCAGAAUGUCGAUAUGUUCGAUUACACGACAAUGUGAAUUACGUGGCUGCAAGUCUAAUAUUACGUGGAGAAGGUGCGGCGACAGAAGUUUUGCUAAUUCAAGAGGCCAAAAAAAGUUGUCGCGGGAAAUGGUAUAUGCCAGCUGGAAGAGUUGAAGCUGGUGAAACUGUUGAGGUGAGAAGAAGGGUGGAAUAUUUUUUGAAGAGGAAUAUUUGAAACAGUGAACUUUUUGUUGAGAAAAUUCGUGAGAAUUUAGUUUCAAAAAAUAUUGAAACAGUGAAAUUCUGCUUUGUGAAAACGCAAUUAAACAGUCAAUUUUCCUGUAGAUGUAGGGCGUGCACUAUUUAAUGUUUGUGAUAACUAAAUUUAGGGAAUUUCGAAACAGUGAAAUUUUUCAGAAAAAUUAAAACAUUUUGAAACCGGGAUUGUUUUAUGUUAAAUGAAAAAUUAAUUACAGUAGUAUAAAAAUUCUGCAAUGAUUUUUUUUCAACUAAAUUUUCUAAAAGAAACACAAGCUGCGACACUAUGUCAAAUUUGGUAAAACUUUGAAACAGUGAAAAAUUUCCGAAAAAAAUUAUAUUAAAAUUAGAACGAAAUUUACUCGAUAAAAUUUUGUAAUCGUGACUAUUUAAUAUUAAUGCAGAACUAUCAAAAUUAUAAAAGACUUCAAUUUCACAUAACUUUGAAACAGUGAAUAUUUUAUUUAAAAAAAUGAUGUAAUUUUAUUUUUUUUUAUCAGAUACAUUUUUUGUUUAAUCAACAUUGAAUUUUGAAUUUUCAUUGAGAAAAAAAAGGGUUGAACAUUUUUUGGACUACAUUUCGAAAAUUUAUAGUUUUUGAAACAGUAGAUUUUUGAAAGAAAAAAAAAUCAACAAAAUUCUUCAUGAAACUGUGAAGUUUUUUUUUUGGUGAAACAGUCAAUUUCAGAACUUUCACUGUUUCAAUUUAAUAAGAAUUUUUUAGGACGUAGAAAAUUUUACACCUUUUCAUUCAUUAAUUUAUUUUUCAAAAAUUGUUCUCAAAAUUCACAAAAAAAAUCCCAGUUUAAUCUAAUUUUAUUCCAGGAGGCAGUAAUUCGUGAAGUUUUGGAAGAAACCGGUUUCAAUUGCGAAGUUGUCGAACUUCUUUCUCUCCAAGUUCAAGGUUCUGGUUGGUACCGUUUCGCAUUUUAUUGUAACAUAACUGGCGGAAAUUUGAAAACAGUAGCUGAUCAAGAAUCUCUAGCCGCCCAAUGGUUUCCAAUCGCAGAUGUCAAAUCAAAUAAAAUCUCGCUUCGUGGAAAGGAUUUUGUGAAACUAAUCGAUGAAGCAAUCACAUAUCGAAGUCAAUAUGAGAAAUCGAAAAUCGAGCGAAUUUUGCCGAUUUGUGAAAAUGUGGCGGGACUUUUCUUAGAAUUUAUGAUCGUAAAACAUAGUCGAGACGGGUUAAGGACGGAAGUUUUGGUGCAUAAAUCGAUUAAAGAUGAGACAUAUUUAAAGGAGCAUGAACAACCAUUUCCCACAGUUGAAUUUGGAUUCGAAUAUUUUUUUGCGAUGGUUGUUUCGAAAUGUUAUAGGGUUGGUUUUUACGGGAUUUUUUGGGGCUAAAAAUUCCCGGAAAAUAUACGUUUCCAAAUUUUAUAGUAUCAAUUCUAUCAAUUUCGGUUUUUAUUAGAGUUUUAAAGUUUCCCAAAUCUCUUGCAGCAUCUUCUCGAAGAAGGCGCCAACGUGGUUUUCACGCCCUCUCACGUGGUUCGUGUCAAAUGUUCGCCAAAACCAAUGGAAAGUUUAGCACACGGUAUUUCGGUUCGUGUAUUUUGUCAACACAAACAAUCGGCGACAAAAGCGAUUAUUCGAAGUCCGAGAUAUCAUUGGAUUUCGGUGGAGAAUCAGGAGACUCGUCAACUUUUUCAUAUGGAUCAGAAACAAUUUCGAUCUUCGCUUCAUAUGCUUUGA